UUGGUAGUGUUUUGAGUGAACAUUACUCGGGCGUGUCUUUCCCACACUCAAUCACAAAGUCACUCAUUCAUGUGGGGUGGGUUAGUAGAGUUAGUUUUUUCUUUCUUCAAACUAUAAGUACCAGACGGAGGCGUUGUGUGACAUAAACAAAGAGAAGAAGAUGCACUAUUACAGAUAUGAAAAUGCAGAGGUCAGCUGUUGCUACAAAUACCUCAUGUUCAGCUACAACAUUAUCUUUUGGUUAGCUGGAACAGCAUUCAUUGCAAUUGGCUUCUGGGCCUGGAGUGAAAAAGGUGUUUUAUCAGAUCUGACACAAGUCACGCGUCUACAUGGUUUUGACCCAGUUUGGGGAGUGCUUGUUGUAGGCACAGUCACUUUCGUUUUGGGAUUUGCUGGGUGUGUCGGAGCACUCCGGGAAAACAUCUGCCUCCUUAAAUUUUUCUCUGGAGUCAUCGGCUUCAUCUUCUUCCUGGAGCUUACGGCUGCGGUAUUGGCAUUUGUGUUCCAGGGCCAAGUUAGGGAGUGGAUCAAUGAUUUCUUCUUGGCCAAUGUGAAGGCUUACAGGGAAGACAUUGACCUGCAGAAUCUGAUAGACUCUCUCCAAAAGCUGAAUCAUUGCUGUGGGGCUAAAGACCCCAACGACUGGAAUCUGAAUGUGUAUUUUAACUGCUCACAGAGUAACCUCAGCAGAGAGAAAUGUGGAGUGCCCUUUUCCUGCUGCAUCAGCGACCCUGCUGAUACAGUGGUGAACACACAGUGUGGAUAUGAUGUUAGAUCAGCUGGCACAGCGUCUCAAUGGAGCAACACAAUUUAUGUCAAAGGAUGCAUAAUAGCUUUAGAGGAGUGGCUUCCACGCAAUCUGUAUAUUGUGGCUGGAGUCUUCAUAGUCAUAUCAUUACUACAGAUGGUGGGAAUCUUCUUGGCAAGGACGCUGAUUGGAGACAUUGAAAAAGUCAAGUUUAAUUAUUACUGAGCUCAUGUAACUGGAAGCAAGCAAAAGGCAAUGUAUGGAACAAUAUGUGGACCUCCAGUUGUUCUUCUGCAUCUUUUUUUUGUGGAGGUCAAGAACAUUUGUGGAGAAGAGGACUCUGGGCCAUUCACUGGACCACUUUUUCAGCAUUUCUAAAGACCACAUAUUGAAUACACAGCUGCCUAAGUUCAUUUGGAUACUGUCACAUGUGUGCCUUCUAUCUUCAAGUUUACCUCCAGCCCACUCCUGUUUUUUUUUUUUGUAUGUUUGUUUUUUUUAAUAGGAUCACCAUUAACAUUUUGUAAUCUUGGGACCACUAUUAACCAAGCUUGAUAUACAUAAUGGUCACAGGGUGUAACCUACAAACUAACCGGAAAUGUAAUUCUAAUAAUGAGAAGUAGCAGUCUAUACUCAACCAAUCUUUAAUUAUUGAAAUGUAUCAGUAUGGUCCGCUUACACACACUCAAAUCUCGCAUGUACUUGUUUUUUUUUAAAAUUAGUUCAAAAGCACAAAAAGCAAUGUCUUUUUGAAGCAUGUUUAUUUUUCCUUAGAUAAGAACAAUUGUAAAGCAGUUUUAAUGGCAGUUAAAUAUAUCUUUUCUUAGUUCAUUGAGUUUAGUUAUUUUUGUAACUAUUCAUGUUAAUGCAGACAGAAGAUCUGUGUUUAAUGCAGAAGAAAUAUAUCAAGAUCUGAUCAGACUCGCAUGCAAACAGAACGUAUUGAGAAUGCAGUUGUGUAGAAAUCAAAUACCAGCGAGUCUAGAAGAGAAGGGAGCUGAUCUUUUCUUACAUCGUACAGGUGCAUCAGUAUGUGUCCUGUAUUUUUACUCAUUUAUGCUCUUAUUUUUCUAUUCUGUUAAUGAUCAUUGUAACUGAUUGUCGCGCAUUUGAAUUUGAUAAUUUCUUACUGGACCUGUGCAGACCUUAAGGAGUCACUGGAGUUUAAUGGAAAUCACCAUAUGGUUUCUAAUACUGAUGUCAACAUUGCCUUUGAGAUGCCAACACUUACCUCCUUCUAUUCUUACCUGAUGACUUUAUACAAAAAAAUCAGGUUGUGCCUUUUCUCUGGCAUUGAAGGUUUCAUAAAAUGUAUUGUACCGUGUGUUAGCUAGAGGUUUCUUUGACAGGCAUCAGACAUUACACACAAAAUAAUGUUUACUUGAUAAUUGUACAGGUAUUCUCAUUUGAAAACUGAACUGCCAUUAUAGGACACAUCCAUAAUAUUAAGUCUUCACACUUGAAUUAGCCAAAACACAAUAUGCAUUCUGACAUAAACGCAAACAUCUGCCUGCCUUCACUCUUCUCUAGCCCAAAGACUUUUACUGCUAGCUUUCCUUUUCAUAGUUCUAUAUAAUUUACUUGUAUAAUAUGACCUCUGAAAUUCUCAUGAAUGCAAAAAAGGAAAUUGUAAAAAGAAAAAAAAAAAGAAUUUAGUUAAUCUUCAAUUCAGAGUGCACUAUUUUGUCCCUUUUUUGGAGUGUCUGUGCCAUUGUGUAGUGUUAAAGCUUGGUAGAGUAUUUACUGAAAUGCAGUAGUUUCCAUGAUCUUACUGCAAGAGCCUUCUUUUUUAAUGAAGGGAUGUUUUUUUUGUUGGAUUUGUCAUUCAAAUGUUUUCAAAUGUGUGUUGUCUUUCUUUGUAAAUAUUUUAAGAAUUUUCCAUCAUUUUUAUAUUCAUUAAAAAGUUUGUUGUUAGUUUUCAGCCUCAUUGCUGUUUUUUUUUUUUUUUUUUUUUUUUUAAAGAAAAUAUGCUAUUAUCAAUGUUGAAAACAGUUGUGUGGCUUAAUUUCUUUGUGAAAACUGAUACUUUUUUCAGGACACUUUGAAAAGAACAGUCUCAAACUUUCGAUCGGUAGUGUAUAUUGCUGGUCUUUUUGUGAACAAUUAAAGAGUUAGUUCACCCAAAAA